GAGCUGCGGCGACGGCUCCGCCGGAGGAAGCAGCGCGGGCCUUGACCAGCGUUGGCCCGCCGCCUCCGCCGCCGCCGUGCCUGGGUCCGGUUCUUCUGGCCUGGCCCGACCCGGUCUGGCCCGCCCGGGCUCAGCGGCCGCGGGGCCGCGGCUGCCGAUGGAAAUUAUAUGAAUGAAAUUAUAUGAAUGAGUAUUUAGGUGACAUCUUCCUGCAAGAUCUUCAAGAAUUACAGAAGACAAAAACACUAAUGAGUUUGAGAAAGUGGUGAAGUUUGGGGGGAGGGAAAAAAACUGCUUUCCUGAUCUGCAACUUGACUGGAUGUUAAGAUGUCUGUGGACAUGAAUAGCCAGGGGUCUGACAGCAACGAAGAGGACUAUGACCCAAAUUGUGAGGAGGAGGAAGAGGACGAGGACCCUGGGGACAUAGAGGACUAUUACGUGGGAGUGGCCAGCGAUGUGGAGCAGCAGGGGGCCGACUCCUUCGACCCUGAGGAGUACCAGUUCACGUGCUUGACCUACAAGGAGUCCGAGGGUGCCCUCAAUGAGCACAUGACCAGCUUAGCUUCUGUCCUAAAGGUGUCUCAUUCAGUUGCUAAACUUAUAUUAGUUAAUUUCCACUGGCAAGUUGCCGAGAUACUGGACAGAUACAAGUCUAAUUCUGCCCAGCUGCUCGUUGAGGCUCGAGUUCAGCCCAAUCCAUCAAAACAUGUGCCCCCAGCCCACUCCCCUCACCACUGCGCAGUGUGUAUGCAGUUUGUGCGGAAGGAAAACCUUCUCUCUCUGGCCUGCCAGCACCAGUUCUGCCGCAGCUGCUGGGAGCAGCACUGCUCCGUGCUCGUCAAGGACGGCGUGGGUGUGGGUGUCUCUUGCAUGGCUCAGGACUGCCCACUUCGAACACCAGAGGACUUCGUGUUUCCAUUGCUGCCCAAUGAAGAACUGAGAGAUAAAUACAGGCGCUACCUCUUCAGGGACUAUGUGGAGAGUCACUACCAGCUCCAGCUAUGCCCUGGUGCAGACUGCCCCAUGGUUAUCCGGGUACAGGAGCCCAGAGCUCGCCGAGUACAGUGCAAUCGGUGCAACGAGGUCUUCUGUUUCAAGUGUCGUCAGAUGUAUCACGCCCCCACAGACUGCGCCACAAUCCGGAAAUGGCUCACGAAGUGUGCAGACGACUCUGAAACAGCCAACUACAUUAGUGCCCACACUAAAGACUGUCCCAAGUGCAACAUCUGCAUUGAGAAGAACGGCGGCUGCAAUCACAUGCAAUGCUCCAAGUGUAAACACGACUUCUGCUGGAUGUGUCUAGGAGAUUGGAAGACCCACGGCAGCGAGUACUAUGAGUGCAGCCGGUACAAGGAGAACCCCGACAUUGUCAACCAGAGCCAGCAAGCCCAGGCCAGGGAGGCCCUCAAGAAGUACUUGUUCUACUUUGAGAGGUGGGAAAACCACAACAAGAGCUUGCAGCUGGAGGCACAGACAUACCAGCGGAUUCACGAGAAGAUCCAGGAGAGGGUCAUGAAUAACCUGGGGACCUGGAUCGACUGGCAGUACCUCCAGAACGCUGCCAAGCUCUUGGCCAAGUGUCGAUACACCCUGCAGUACACGUAUCCGUACGCCUACUACAUGGAGUCCGGGCCCAGGAAGAAGCUGGCCCUGCCCUGGCUACCGUCCCCUCUCCUUUUGACCCUCCUGCUCUACCCAUACAGUUUGAAUACCAGCAGGCUCAGCUGGAGGCUGAGAUUGAAAACCUGUCGUGGAAGGUGGAGCGGGCGGACAGCUAUGACAGAGGGGACUUAGAGAACCAGAUGCACAUAGCAGAGCAGCGGAGGAGAACGCUGCUGAAGGACUUCCACGACACCUAGGCUGGGACUCGGGCGUGCUGCGCGAGGACGAUGUGGCUGCAAAGUCUCCGGCUGCCGUGCCGCAUGCUGCAGGCUCCCUGCCUCUCACGACCCCAGGCAACAGCCAGGACCCCACUCCUGAGAGACACUGGCCACACACCUCUUAGUCAAUUUCUGGUUGUUUGUUUUUUUUUUUUUCCCUCCUCUUUUCGCUUUUUGUUUCCACCAGGGUCGAGGCUCUGUUGAAUUGGCCUCUUCUCAGGACUGUCAGUUCCCUCUGGAUAGUUGCUGGGAGGGAAGGAAAGUUUUUCUGAAUGACUAUUAAUAGUAUUAGAUCAUUACAACUUAUGUAAUUUUCAAAGGUUGUACAAUUAUACAAAAAAAAAACCGGGGGGCAAACAAACCAUAGAAUGACACAGAACCCUUUUUAAAAAUAAACUGGCAUUGGAGUGUUUUA